UGAUCCCCAUUUCGGGCAUAAUAACCCAGUUCUAGGGUUAGGGUCCCCUUCCCAACAGCUCGGUUCGAGACUUUGAAGUCAACCAACCAACCAACCAACCGCUGGCACCAACUUCGACAUGUCAGUGAUCUGUACUUCCUUCCCCCCGAUAAUCCGUGUCGGAGCUCACUCGUUAAUGAAGCCAAUGUAUAGUUCGUAUCAUAAAACUCUGAAUCAUAGAUGGAACAGUGUAAUUAACACCAGCCAAGCUCGCUCCUUCGUUGCACUGGCGGCUUCGCCUAGGUCUUCAUCCUAUGCUACCAACGGAAAAUCGCGCUCUGUUUACACUAAUUUACGACUUAAACCACAACCGGCAUAUCCUGGCCACAUACCACUCACCCCAUUCGAAAACGGAGUUCUCGCAGUUGGCUCUGCACUCAUGUCUCUCAUAGAUACUCGUCGCGCGGACAUGGUUGCAGCUUGCGGAGAAACCACUGCUGGGCCAACUCUGGUAAAGUUGAGGGAUACAAUGUUGGAGUCUCCAGAGGGUCGGCGCAUUCUCAAAGAAAUGCCACGUAUCAAUUCGCAGACCUUGGACUGGGAGAAGUUGCGGUCCCUUCCAGAGAACACCUUUGGACGUGCUUAUGUGAGGUGGCUUGACGCUUGCAAAGUCACACCUGAUUCUCGAGAGCCCGUACACUACAUUGAUGACCCAGAGCUGGCAUAUGUCAUGCAGCGCUAUCGCGAGACGCACGACUUGUAUCACGCCCUCUUUGGAUUGAAAGUCUCUGCCCUUCCCGAACUUGCACUCAAAGCGUUUGAGUUUACGAAUCUAGGCUUCCCAAUGACUGCAUUAUCCCUGGGAGCCUCAAUAAGACUCAAGUCACCUCAGCGGGCCCGACUUUGGGGGGAAUUCAUCCCUUGGGCUGCGAGAUGCGGGAGUCAUGCGAGGUGCCUGCUUACAGUGUAUUGGGAGGAGAGAUGGGGACAGGAUCUGGACGAGAUGAAGAAGGAAUUUGGUGUCUGGGAUCCACCGGCAGGAAUUACCAUCCCACGACCCUCGCGUAUUGACCUCCCCUGACACAUACCGGCAUGGCGAUAGGCAAUUUUGCCGUUUCACGGGUCCUGUGGAGCUUCAGCAUGUGGAACGGAUAAUGAUCCAGAACGCCUGGACUCUGGUAGGACUGUUAUAUUUAAGCUUACAUGGAGGUAUCCCGACUCUAGGGAGAGAAGGU